AUGUCCCCCAAAUACACUCUCUUCGUGGGAACCUUCAUCCAGCUCCCCCGCUUCAAGUCUGACGAGGGCCACAAGCUCGCCAUCACCCGCGGCGCGCUCUGGGUGUCCACUGCCGACGGCACAAUCGAGGGAUUCGACUGGUCCAUUGCCAAUGACAGGGACUUGAAGAGACUCCUCCGUCACAAGGGUUGGACUGUCGUGGAUGACAAGAAUGGCCAUAAAGGCAAGCACGGGGUGAAAGUGACAUUGGUGGUUGCGCGCGAGGAGGAGAAUGAGUUCUUCUUCCCUGGGUUCAUCGACACACACAUCCACGCCCCGCAAUACCCCAACGCCGGCCUCUUCGGCGAUGCCGGCCUCCUCCACUGGCUCCUAAACUACACCUUCCCCAUCGAAUCCUCCUUCGGCAGCACCAAAUUCCCCUCCAUCCCUCCUCCCAACGCCUACCGCGUCUACAACCAAGUCAUCGCCCGCACCCUCGCAAACGGCACCACCUGCGCCUCCUACUUCGCUACCAUCCACGUCCCCGCCACCAACCUCCUCGCCUCCCUCUGCCUCGCCCGCGGCCAACGCGCCCUCAUCGGCCGCGUCUGCAUGGACCGUCCCGAGCAAUGCCCCGAUUACCUUCGCGACGAAUCCCCCGACAUCGCCAUCGACAAGACCCAAGACAGUAUCCGCCACAUCCACACCAUCGACCCCGAGGGCGCCCUCAUCAAACCCAUCGUAACCCCGCGGUUCGCUCCCUCAUGUACCCCACGCUCGCUGGGGAAGUUGUCCAAGCUCGCGGCGAGCUACUCGCCCCCGCUACAUAUCCAGACGCAUCUGGCGGAGAACCUGGAUGAGCUGAAACUCGUGCACGAUCUCUAUCCAGAAGCAAAUGAUUACACCUCCGUGUAUAACUACUUCAAAUUGCUCACCCCGCGGACUAUCCUCGCGCACUGCGUGCAUCUCUCUGAUGACGAGCGCACCAUGAUCGCCGACAAUAAGGCCAAGCUCUCUCACUGCCCGGCGUCCAACUCGGCCCUCGGCUCGGGGAUCUGCGAAGUCCGCAAGGCCAUUGAAGCCGGCAUCACGGUGGGACUAGGAACCGACGUAAGCGGCGGGUAUAGUCCCAGCAUACUGGAGACAGUUCGCCAGGCGUGUCUAGUGUCGAGGUUACUUCCUCAUAUGUCUGGAUCUUCUGAAGGACAAAAUAAGGAUAAUGACGGAGUACCGAAAGAGGUCCUCUCCAUUGAAGAAGCACUCUACCUUGCUACACGCGGGGGCGCAGCGGUGGUUGACAUGGCGGACCAAAUCGGAGGGUUUGACCAGGGGAUGGUGUGGGAUGCGCAGCUGGUGAAGCUGGGGAAGUUCAAUCCUGCGGGGAAGUGGGGGAAGACAGGUGGGGUGGAGACAGCGGUGGAUGUGUUUGAUGAGGGGCAGGAGUGGAAGGAGAAGGUGCAUAAGUGGGUGUGGAAUGGGGAUAGUCGGAAUGUGAGGAUGGUGUGGGUUGGAGGGAAACUGGUGCAUCGGGUUUGGGAGGAGGGAGAGGAUCGGAGAGAGGGUGGGGGAUGGAUGAGGUGGGUGAUCGGGGCGGUUAGUGUUGGUGUUGUGGGGUGGGCGGUUGUUAGGAGGUUGGGGGGUGGUAGGUAG